AUGAAAAUAUUUUGCAUGAUAGGAGAAUGUGAAUAUCGUAUUUUCUUUGCAGGGACCUACUUGGUGUACCAAGGUUGCAGGGUUCUCUUUCGUCAACAGCUGUUCUUCUCAGUCUCAGGGAAUAUAUUUCUCAACAAAACAUCAAUGAAUAUGGCACUUAGCAUAUCAUCCAUCAUGGUCCCUUCAUCGCCCCCAACACGCCAGUCACGGGUGGUUGGUUGUUGCAUGAAGCAGGACAUUCCAUCGGAUAUUCAUACAGCUUCUUCACAUGCUGGGCAAGUUAACCCUACUGUUAUGACCUUUGAUAUGACCAAAGAACGAAUCCGAAAACUAUUCAGUAAUGUGGAACUUUCAGUUUCUUCAUAUGACACAGCCUGGGUAGCCAUGGUUCCUUCUCCAAACUCUCCCGAGUACCCUUGUUUCCCUCAUUGUCUGAACUGGUUAAUGGAUAAUCAGCUUGAUGAUGGUUCAUGGGGUCUUCUUCCUCAUCAUUCUCCAUUAAUUAAAGAUACUCUCUCUUCUACAUUAGCAUGUGUACUUGCAUUAAAACGAUGGAAUGUCGGGAAAGAUCAAAUUAACAAAGGUCUACAUUAUAUCGAGUCGAAUUUUGCUUCAGCUAAUGACAAGAGUCAACUAUCUCCAUUUGGAUUUGACAUUAUAUUUCCUGGAAUGCUUGAGUAUGCCAAAGACUUGAACAUCAAGCUCCCUUUAAACCAAACAUAUUUGAGUGUGAUGUUACAUGAGAGAGAAUUGGAGCUAAGAAGGUACAAAUCAGCUUCCUUAUAA